AUGUCCGAGUCGCUAGAACACAAGGCUGAACAAGCUCAGCAAGCCGCUGCUGUGAACGCGGAGCACGCGCAGGCCAAGGUCGCCGAGGUUGGCGACAACGCCGAGCGCUCCGCGCAGGAGACUCAAGAGAAGGCUGUGGCGGCUGCCGAGGAGCAGGCGCAGGAGGCCAAGAAGGAGGCCAACAAAGUUGAGGAGUCCGCCAAGAAGGAGGCCGAGGGUGUGAAGGAGUCUGCCCAGGACAAGGUUGAUGAGGUCAAGAAGACCACCGCGGCCGAGAAGUCCGAGACCGCUGCGGCCGAGGGCGAGAAGGUCUCGCCAUGGAAGCGUUUCGUCGCCAAGCUCAAGAAGCUCUUGAACUAA